AUGAGUCCCAGGCUGCUUCCUAGUUUGCUUCGAGAAGCAGCAUUAAUUCAUAGAUGUUUACCACUUUUACUACCUGAAUGCAGAACUAUUGAACAAGCUAGACAAGAAUUGAAAUGGCUAAUUGAUGAAUUUGGUAGUAGUAUAAAUUUACAAAAAGCAUGCUUACAACGCAACAGACAUGUUCCAUUACAAUAUAUCUUAGGUUCUCAACCAUUUGGUUCACUUGAUAUACAAUGUAGACGACAUGUUCUGAUACCCAGAUGGGAAACUGAAGAAUGGUCGUUGAAUUUGGCAAAUGCAAUAAAGGAGUCAUUUGUUAAAAAAGAUAAAAAAAAUUUGCAAAUUGUAGAUUUAUGUUCAGGUACGGGAUGUAUUCCAUUAUUAUUAAUUAAUGAAACAAAAAAAUUAUUUAAAAAUAAUUCACUUCAAGUUGAUUCUAUUGAUUGUUCGCAAAUGGCAAUCAACUUAACAAAAUUAAACUUUAAUUUAAAUUUUAAUAAAAAAUCAAAUUUUAAGAACGAUUAUAAUAUUUCAUUUAAAACCCACAAGUUUAAUAUAUUAGAUGAAAUUAAAGUAAAAGAAUUUAUAUCCAAGAAUCUAACUAAUCAAAAGAUUAAUAUUUUAACUUGUAAUCCACCAUACAUCCCUCCAUCAGAGUUUAUUAAGGAUGUUAGAUCAUCUGUAAGAAUGUACGAACCAAAACUUGCAUUAUUAGGAAAUUUAGAAUUUUAUCAUAAUUUAAUAGAAACUUGGAUAAAAUUUGAUUUAAUCGAAUCAUUUGUUUAUGAAUUAGGUGAUUUAAGUCAAGUUACAUAUGUGCAACAGAAUGUACCAUCUAACUGGAUAACAGGUGUAACAUAUGAUUCUAACAGUAAACCUAGAUGUGUCUUUGGUUAUAAUAAAACUGCCCCCACCGAUUAUUCCGCUACCUACAAGAAUUUUCUCAAUGGAUUGUCUUACACAAACUAA